AUGUGUGAGCAUAGUAGGUAAACAAACACACACAGAGUUGUGUUCAUCAUCACUGCCACAACAAAUCAGGUGAAUGCAUCACCGGCAAACUCACCACCAAUGUUCCGAUCACUCAAACUCAAGCGACCCCUUCAAUCCUUCAUCACAAAUCCCCAUAAACCUCAAUUAAAUCUCAUCCGUCCAUUCUCAUCUUCCUCACCACCGCCGCCACCAGACCCACCCCUCUCCGCCACCCCAUCCUCCCAACUCCGAAAAUACCUAGGAUACUCCGCACUCCUUCUAGGCUGCGCCGCCGCCACCUACUACUCAUUCCCAUUUCCAGAAAACGCAAAACACAAAAAAGCCCAACUUUUCCGGUACGCCCCACUGCCCGAUGACCUGCACACGGUGGUUAACUGGAGCGGGACCCACGAGGUACAGACCCGUGUGUUCCACCAGCCCGAGAGUUUAACACAGUUGGAGGAGAUAGUGAAGGAUGCUAAUGAGAAGAAGCAGAAGAUUCGGCCAGUCGGGUCCGGUUUGUCGCCGAAUGGGAUCGGGUUGGCUAGAGGUGGGAUGGUGAAUUUGGCUUUGAUGGAUAAGGUUUUGGAGGUGGAUAAGGAGAAGAAGACGGUUCGGGUUCAAGCGGGUAUGCGGGUUCAACAGGUUGUUGAUGGGAUUAAGGAGUUUGGGUUAACUUUGCAGAAUUUUGCUUCUAUUAGAGAGCAGCAGAUUGGGGGCAUUGUUCAGGUCGGUGCACAUGGUACCGGUGCAAAGUUACCUCCCAUUGACGAACAAGUUAUCAGCAUGAAAUUAGUUACCCCUGGAAAGGGUACAAUAGAAAUUUCAAAAGAAAAAGACCCGGAACUGUUCUACUUAGCUCGGUGUGGGCUAGGUGCGUUUGGUGUUGUUGCGGAAGUCACUCUUCAGUGUGUUGAGAGACAAGAACUCGUAGAGCACACAUAUGUCUCAACUUUGGCAGAAAUCAAGAAAAAACACAAAAAGCUUCUAAGUGACAACAAGCAUGUAAAGUACCUUUACAUUCCGUAUACCGACACUGUUGUAGUUGUGACAUGUAACCCUGUUUCUAAAUGGUGGAGUUCGAACAAAUUUAAACCCAAGUAUACUUCAGAUGAAGCUCUACAGCCCAUUCGUGAUCUGUAUAAGGCGUCAAAAGAGAAAUACAGAGGCCAAUCCGUGACAACUUUAUCUACGUCCAACGAAGAACCGAAAAUUUCUGAUCUCUCAUUUACCGAACUACGUGAUCAAUUACUAGCCCUUGAUCCACUUAACAAAGAUCAUGUCAAAAAGAUCAACGAAGCCGAGGCCGAGUUUUGGAAAAGAUCCGAAGGAUACCGAGUCGGAUGGAGCGAUGAAAUUUUGGGGUUUGACUGUGGUGGUCAACAAUGGGUCUCAGAAACAUGUUUUCCAGCUGGCACUUUAUCGAAACCGAAUAUGAAAGACCUUCAAUAUAUAGAAGAUGUUAUGGCGUUGAUUGAGAAAGAAGAAAUACCUGCUCCGGCUCCUAUAGAACAACGGUGGACUGCUUGUAGUAAAAGUUUGAUGAGUCCAGCUUCGAGUUCGUCGAACGAUGAUAUAUUUUCUUGGGUUGGUAUUAUUAUGUAUCUACCUACAACAGAUGCUCGCCAAAGGAAACGGAUAACAGAAGAAUUUUUCCAUUAUAGACACCUUACUCAAGCGCGCUUCUGGGAUCAAUAUUCUGCUUAUGAACAUUGGGCUAAAAUUGAGGUUCCAAAAGACAAAGAUGAGUUGGCAGCGCUCCAAGCAAGACUAAGAAAGCGAUUUCCGGUAGAUGCGUUCAACAAAGCACGUGCUGAGUUGGAUCCUAAUCAGAUCUUGUCCAAUGCCAUGCUGGAGAAAAUGUUCCCAUUGGAUGAUAAAGUGUCCACAUAAGCAUCAUUCAUCUGGUAUGGAAGUUUAUAAAAAGGAGUAAAAAACGAUAUUUAUUAAAUGUUUUGUACGUUUCAGUAUCUCAUACAGUUUAUGUUUUAUGUAAAACUUGAUUGUUUAUUUUAUUUUAUUUUUUGGACAUUCAUGCUGCCUAAGAUGUGAUACAUUGGAUGGUUGUUUAAUUGUCUUCUUGUUCUCUCA